AUGGCAGCUCCACAGAGGAAUGCAGACAACUUCAUGAAGGUGGAGACCAACACGAUGAAGCAUAUGGACAGUAUUCAGAAGUCACUGGAGAAACUUCGAAACCUUUCUGUGGAGGAUACAACAGAGACGCUGCGGUCCAGGAUAGAUGAACAGUCAAGUCUGAUCUGCAUACUGAAACAGAGAGCAGAUGAGCUGCUUCUUCGAUGUCAAGCCGUGCAAAAGAUCAAUACAGAGCUGGAGGGCCAAGUCACAGGCUGCCAGAAAGAACUGGAUGGCGAAAGAAAGAAAGCACAGCUAUUAGAUAAGAGAUUCAUGGAUUUAGCUGCCAACAACCAAGCGAUUAUUGCUUUUAUGGACGAGUACAAAAAUCAGAAUGCACAAUUAAAACUGGAAAACAAAGAGCUGCAGUCAGAAAAUGAAUCACUUUUCUCCCAAAAAUUACAAGAUAAAGAAGUGUUUGUUCAAAACCUGAUGCAGGAAAUCAAACAGCUGACAGAGAAAUACUCAAAUAUGGAAGAUAAAUAUCGGGAGAAAUUAGCUGGAUGUCAGUCAAAACUCAUGGAACAAGCAACUCAGCAUCAAGUCAAAGAGGCAUCGCUACUUGGUCAAAUACAUAAUGCUCAGAAACAGCAAAGAGCUGCUGAAGAGAUGUGCAAAGACCUUAAGCUGAAGCUACAAAAGGUGGAAGAAGAGCAUGCUUUGAGGGAAAUCCACAUGAGAGAAAGCACAACAAGCCUCACCAAAGAGAAGGACAAAUUACUGUAUCUAUCUAUGGAAAGAGGAAAAGUAAUACAGGACAAACAAGAAGAAAUCCAGCAGCUGGAAAGAAAAUGGAAAGAAGAGAAAAAAGCAAGGGUCGAAGCACAGGACAGGUUUGAACAGGAAGCAGAAGCUGUUAAUACAGAUGUAAAAGUGAAGUCUCUCCAGUCUGCUCUUGAUGAAUCCAUGAUAAAAUAUCAGAAGUUUAAGAAGGAUUUUGAAGCCUUCAAAGAACACAGCGUCAACCUCCUCACAAAAGAAAGAGAGUUAAAUAAGAAACUUCGCCACAUGAUGGGCUAA